UUUAAAACAUCAAAAUGUUUUUAUCUUCCCUCAUCGAGGAAAUUGUAACGCAAAUCAAAUUUUUGGUUUCAAAAGCUGUUUUAAAUUAUAUAGGGUGUCAGUUAGCAAACGUGAUACUUGUAAAUUUAAGAAACAUUAACGUUAUAAACUGAGCUUGGUGCAAAAAAGAAGCAUAGGCACCUAUGUUGUUGAUCGAGCAUACUGACGGACAUACUGCUUUCCAUUAGUACUCACUAUUAUUGGUAUUAAAAUUGCUUCAAAAUACAAUAUUGUUGUACGGAUAACAGAAUAGAAAAUGGAUUUUAACACUACUACGAAUGUUGAAUACCAGUGGCCAUUUCAAAAGCCCGUUGUCGGGAAACCAUGCGAACCGCCAAGUCCGGAUGCAGCGCCAACGGUUCGCCCAGCACCAGUGGCACCGUACUGCCACUGUGACGCACACUCCUAUGCCCCUCGUAUAGAACAGUACAAGCAAUUACUCGACAAGGAACAGAAAUUAUGUCAGGAUUAUGAUCAACUAAGAAGACAGAUGGUUGAUGUUACGAAUGACAUUCUGGACCAUCCCUGCAAUGACCUUGACACCAAAAUGGUAACAAUGUACCAAGCUACUUAUAAAAAACGAUCGUUUCCGACAUCGGACUACCGUGCAAUAAUAGCGGCGUCUCAGUCAACAGCUCCUAUACCUAUGGAGAGCCAUCGGUUAGGGAUGUUACGGUGUUACAAAGACCCAACUCACUUCACGGAAAAACCGCCCACAGUCCGACCCACCAUCAACCCCCCUGGGACUGUACAUACUGGUGUCGCUCCUAAGGCCAUACAAACUUGGUUCACGGACUUCCCUGGAAGAACUGAAUACAUGGAUACCUAUAGCGCCUCAGCUAAAGCUUGCUGGAGAUCGAUGCAGAGGUUCAAGGAACCGAUGCCUUCUACCAGGCGGAGAGCAGAUGAUAAUUGCGUCUAAUCCAGAGGGGAAAAAGAGGAGAAUAUUCUGUCUUAUACUCUUGGUUUAUAUUGGUCAUAAAUUUUCAAUACA